UGGCGUGGUGGUGGUGGUGGUGGUGGUGGUGGCGGCAGCUGGACCCGGGUGAGGAUAGACGGCAGCGGUGGCAACUCUGUGGUGGUGGCCGCUCACAGCCCGGACACCCAGCCGCCCUCAGUCGCUCACAACUACGCCUCGCUGUUGAAACGUUCGUCCGCUUCAGCUCACGCCGCAGAGAGUACCGCAGCUUCUGUAGCCGCUGCCGAAGCCGAGACACAGACGCAAGCGGACGAUCUCACCAGUUAUGUGACAUUACCCCGAAGGAAACCGUAUCUAAAUUUUAAGAGUGUUUCGAGUGCUUUAAACAAUCCCGGUGUUGGUGGCGGUGGUGGUUCAGAUUUCGAUAAUGAAGACUUGAGAUAUUUUAAGGAAAGAGUCGGCAUCUUGAAACACAGUGGCGUGAAUACCAUUACCCGCGCCCAGAGUUUUAAGGAGGGACUGAACUGUUACUCUAAUGAAUACAACAAUAACUCCUACGGCUUGUCGAGGACUCAGAGUUUCCACGAUGGCUUAGCUAGUGAUUUCAACGAGUUAGAAAGUGUUAAGCCGAAACUACAGAGGGCGCCGUCCGUGGAUGAGAUAUUAGAGUCUGUGAAAACGUUGCGGGCCAAGAAAACGAUGGUGAAGUCGACCCCAGACCUGUUGAGUGCCCAGGAGCCCGUCUACCACUCGGCCUCAUUGCCCAGACAAAAGAGUAACAAAGGUAAGGCCCCGCGACCUCCUGGCACUUCUACCCUCCUAGGUGUCAGGUAUAAUGGCACUACAAAUUCUCCCCACUACGAGAGAGUGCCAGAGCCAGACUACGAGCAGAUCCCAGAGGCGGGUAUCCCUUACUACGAGAACUUGUGUCGCGGCAACAACCACUACGAGAACAUCCACCUGAAGGGCGAGGUGAUCUACGACAGUCCCAAACCCACCGAACACCACCACUACGACAAGGUGCACGCUGACUUACACUACGAGAACGUUAAAUACGACGCCCCGGUAUACGAGAACCUGGACGAGAAGGAGCCAACCUACAUGAAUAUUAACAGCAGCACCCUCGGGAAGACCAACAUGUACGCUAACCAAGACGCCAACAAAAAAUGCAGCAGUCUUAAAUCCUCCAAAUCGAGAACGAAUAAAGUGACCAUAAGUGGCAACUCCAUGAUGCAGGGCACUACCUACGACGUCCCGAGGACAGCCACACACAUUUAUGACUCCCCGCAGAAACAGGUCCGUUCUGUUGGGUCGACACAGGCCAGCGAGUACGAUACACCAAAGAACAACCGCUCUGUGCUGCCUCAGUCAACACAGAUCGUCCUGAUGGCAAAGACUGACCAGAAACAGAAGAUCGACGAUAUCUUCGCCGACUGUGAUCAGGAUUCUCUGGAAGGCGACAGAGACAGAGAGCCCGACAUCCCUUCUCCAGGGUCCUGUUACCGCCUCUGUUUAUUUCCGGGUCCUGUUUACGAUAUCUCAGACUACGGGAGCGAGGAGGAAGGUGACGGCUACGAGGACGCUUCCAACGAGUACGUCACCUCCGAGUUUCCUGACGAAGGCCUAGGAGAAUCUGACAGCAGGUCUUAUUACACCGAGGACCCUGGUCUUGAAGUCAUACUCGAAGAACCCGAGGAAGACUAUUGCAGCUCGCACGUCUCCGAGGACGACCUCCAGAGGGAAGUGGACAUCACCUACGGCCUGAAGGGUGAGAGGCGCUCGCUGGACGGCUCUGAGGGCAUCGGGUCGGCAGAGGGCGACACUCACUCGUCAGGAGGAUCAGAACACUACGGCGAGGAGGACUGUGCCAGCUCAGGGAUACACAGCGAGGACACUCCCUCCCCCGGACCCCCCGUGGAGACUGAGAAGGAGGACCACCACCAGCAGGAGGAUAAACAGAAGAGGGAGGAGGACCGCACCCAACAGGAUCGCUGCGUCGAGGUCUAUCCGGAAACGGUCAGGCAGCGACAGAGGAACAUGAUGGCAUCCUCUAACAAGGUUGACAUCAAGAACUGGAAUUCCUCAGGGGCCAACCACAACAACAAUGAGAGCCAGACGAGCCCCGCCAAGGUCAAGAAGUUCCUGCCCUCGGUCAAGGCUUUGAGGAACCAAUUCGAGACCGGCAAAACCAACAACAACAGACCCGAGACGAACGGCAACAUCAGCGUCAACAGUAACAGCACCCUCACCCUGAGUCACAAGUCCUUGGGCUCCACCUCCUCCCUGGCCAGCUCCACCCUUGAGAAGACCAGCAGCACAAACAGCCUCAACUCUGCCGGGGGCUCCAUGGAGAACCUCCUGAGUCCCUCCCUAGACAACUUGAGACAGGUGGACCCCAAUGAGCCUGUGGAGCCUAUCUUCAACCAGUUCAAGAAGGUCGAUGAGGAGCUGAGAGAGCUUAUGAGUAAGCCUCCCUCCACCACAGGAUGGAACCCCCGACCUUUGCUGAAGAGACUGUACUACAUCCCUGAGGCCCCUAAGAUGCAGAGUCAAGGCACCACCUACAUCAACAUCGAGGGCUACCUGGAGAAGCUGCCAUCUGGCCGCAAGAAAGCGACCUUCUGGAAUGCCUGGAAGCGUCGGUACUUUGUGGCCAAGGAGGGUGUUCUCUACUACUACCAGAACACACAGGCAGAGAAACCCAGCAUGAAGAUGACGUUGAUGGGAGGGAAGGUGGAGUGUAUGGAGCCUAACAUGGUUGGUGUGGAUGACGGGUGCUGCGAUUCUAAAGCUUCAGUCAUGCUCGGCAUAGACGACGGGAAGGGGCAUUACGUGGUGGUCAGGUGCAGUUCACGGCAAGAAGCGGAGAGGUGGCGGAGGGCGCUGGAGACCCACACGGUAGAAGACUUUGCCAGCCAGUACGUGCAGCCAUGGCCCAUGCCUACCAACCCCACACUCCUCAGAGACACCCUUGUUAUUGACCUCGGCUCAGCCUCAGUCAGGGCAGGCAUCCUCGCCUCCCAGGCUACCCUGCCCCAAGUGUUCGUGCCCUCCGUGGUGGCUACUGACCGGGAGAGUCGACGACAGGUGUGGGGUUACGAUGCCCUAACUCCAGACGUCCGAGCUUCCUCCUGCGUCUCCUUCCCCAUCAGACCGUCGCACAAGAUCUCAAAGUACUCUGUGGACCUGAGUGCCGUCUCAAGUCUCCUGCAGAAGACCUUUGCCGACCUGAAGGUAGAUCCCAAGAACUACCACGUCCAGCUGUCAGUGCCCAGAGUCCUUAACACCAACACCCAGACGGAACUCCUGCGCGUUCUUUUUGACAAGUACGGCGUCAGGUCCGUCAACCUGACUCACCAGUCCAUCUUAGCCCUGUACGCCUACAACGCCACCUCCGGCAUUGUUGUUGAUGUUGGCGAGAGGAUGGACAUUGUGCCUGUUAUUGAUGGAUAUAUUGUGGAUGGCGGUGUCUCCCGAGUGCCUUAUGGUGGAUACCGCAUCCUAGACCACUUGCGUCAGUUCCUCUACAUGAGGAACGUCUCUCUCAUCAAUGAAGUUGAGAGUUACAUCAUCAGACAAGUGCUGGAGAACAUAUGCUACUGCGCUCACCACUACAACACAGAGAAGGCUCGCUGUACCAACAACUCGGACAACUUCGAGAAGAGCGUCUCCCUCUCUGAGUAUUUCCACAGCAAAGAUUGUCCCUAUGAGAGUAUUUCCUUGGACUUUGGGCGUUUCCAAGCCACGGAAGGUCUUUUUAACCCAGAUGCUUGGGGCCUUGACCAUCCUGGAUUACACAAACUUGUCCACAAAGCCAUUAUGGAGUGCAGUAUGGACAUCCGGAAAGAGAUGAGCCGCAGCAUCUUCCUGGCUGGUGGAGUGACCCAGCUUCCAGGGCUUGUUGACAGACUUACUACAGAGAUUGACAACCUAACACCUCCAGCUAUCCGACCAAAGGUACACGCCUCCCCAUACCGCUACCAUGCGGCUUACAUUGGUGCUUGUGUCCUCGCCGAGUCUCCAGCCUUUGCUCAGUCCAGAAUCUCCCGCGAGGACUGGAACAAGCACGGCAAUGCAGCGCUCCGAAAAUGGACUCUCUGAGGAUCCACGAAAAAGUUGAAAAGUCGUACUGGGUAGUCUUAGGUGGGGGGAGAGGAUAAAUUAUCCAAAGUAUAUUCCGCCCACACAUGGGGAGAUACUGUAAAGUAUACACAAGUCAUUAUGUACCUUGGAUGAUGCUAUAGUCCAGGCAAGGUUUUGGACGCCCCAGUAAAUCGUUGUUCCUGUUGUUAACGGGGAAAACCGGAACUGCCUGGCUCCUAAGUGACCAUUCCCUUUAAUAUUGUCACCAUUUGGAUUCCUUAAAGUGUGCAGGUUAAGCACAUUACUGUUUUAAAAGAGGAACAGUGAUGUAGGAAGGGUCCGUAGUAAAGGAGUGCCAAGAGGCUCUAUAACGUGGUGAAAAAUUUCCUACUAGUGAACCGUUAAGCCUUUCUGCUCACUUUGCAACACUCGCCCUACGUGAUAAUAGACUUAUACGGUGCAAAACAUUACGCAACUGAUGAUUUAAGCUUUCCCACUAAGGCGCCUCAAGAAAAAUUUGCAACUUGCUUAGUAGUUGUGUUGUUUGAUGAAUUACAUCAUUUAUUUAAUGUUACUCACAUAUACAAUAUAUAUAUAUAUAUAUAUAUAUAUAUAUAUAUAUAUAUAUAUAUAUAUAUAUAUAUAUAUAUAUAUAUAUAUAUAUAUAUAUAUAUAUAUAUAUAUAUAUAUAUAUAUAUAUAUUACACACACCAAAUUGUCUAUAUAUUUAGUUAUAUAUACUUUUAAAAAUUAAACAACUUUAUAUGAUGUAUAAAAAGCUUUCUUUUUACGCACAAAUUUCAAAGAUUUUAUUUACUGAUUUUAUGAUUCACAAGUACAUCAAUAAAUUAUCAAUGCCAACACAGGCUUGUACAGUACUUGUAGUCAGUGUUUCCUCUGUUAGUCAGCUGUGGUGUGAACUGGUCAGUAUGAGAGUGAGGGAGGCAGGUCCGGCCUCCCUCGCACAGUGCUCCUCACCACACUUGCAUGAUCCAUCCUGUAUCAUGAUGUAUAAUUUGUACAUAUGUAUCUUAGGCAGGGAAAGGUUAACUUAUUUUUCAGUGUGUAAUAUACAGUUGCAGUUGUUUACUUACAUUAAAUAUAUUUGUAUAUGAGAAAA